AAAACAGUAACUGCUGCAUGGGUCUGUGAGAAGCAAAUGCAUGCCUGAAGGCUGGGGGACCUGUGCUUUCCUGGGCUGUGGCGUGGUCCAGACUGUUGUCCUGAUCAGGCUUGGAGUAAAACGGUAUCGUGAACCGAAGGAAGAGAGACGUCCCUGGAAGAUAUGGUUUUUUGAUACCUUCAAGCAAGGACUAGGUGCCCUGUUAAUCCACUUUGUCAAUCUUGCUCUGUCGCAUUACACUGAAGAGGACUCGUGCUUUCUCUACCUUAUUAAUUUCCUCCUUGAUGCCACGCUGGGGAUGCUGCUGAUCUGGCUUGGCGUGAAGGUUGUCUCCUGGAUCGUGCAUCACAAGAAGUGCAAAUACCUGGUCUUUGGGGAAUACGGUGACCCUCCACGAGCUUCUGUCUGGCUUUACCAGUGUGGCCUCUACUUGCUGAUAACGGGUUUGGGGAAGGCUGUGAUUAGCCUCGUUGUGUUCAUCCCUGGUUUGACAAAGCUGCAGCAGAUCUUCCUGGGUUACAUCUCAGAUCCUGGGCUGGAACUCAUCGUGGUUGUGAUUGUUGUGCCUUUUAUAGUCAAUGCCGCUAUGUUCUGGGUUGUGGACGGCUGGAUCAUGAGGAAACACAAGCAGAAGAACACCCUGGACAUCAAUGGAUCUAUAGAAACUUCUCAGGCUAGGUGGACUGAGGAUUCUCGGCUGUUACUGUCUCCAGACACGGAUUUUGAUCAGUCUGAAAGCGACCAGGAUAUUUUGGGACUCCAGGGAAGGAACCGGAAGAUGAAGCAGCCCAGAUAUCAAGUGGUCAUCUGACAGCACCGAGACAAGGGAGCUGGAGAAAGGGAAGCAGCACCGUGUUCCUCGAGCCGGACGAGAAAGGGCAGGAUGGGGAAUGCCAGUUGAUCCCUAUGGAUCUGCAGAGUUCCUUUUGCUGCCUUCAUCUUCUGCAGUUGUCGUCUUUGGGGUGGUGGUUGGGCAUCCUGUACAGGCUUGAGUAGCAUCUGCCUGACCCUGACUGGUACGUGUGCAGGCACGGUGAGGUUAGGGGCAGGGGUAUGUCCUUCCCCUGGUUGGCCCACCCCCUGGGUGUUAUGGUUUGUCAGGGCUAGAGACUGUAAUCAAAAGAUUGUCUGCCUUUUUUUAUAGGGAGGAGAAAAAAAAUAGAUUUAUUCUGUACUACCUGAUCUGUGAUACUUUUAUAGGCACAAUACUCCAAAAAAUUGGUUUGCGAUAUGUAUUUAAAUGUCUUGAAAUAG